AUGGAUCCAGCCAUUCGUGACCUCUUCUACGAGCUCUUCGUCAUCAUCAAAGACCCGAAAUCCGGAGAAGAGCAGCUCGACCUUGGCGUCAAGAUCGCUCUCGAAAUCCAAAACAAGCUGAAGACUGACCCUCAGUACACCACACAGCAUCUGCCAGACCUCGACGCAGCCAAGGAACGGAUUGGACUCAAGCUGGCCAUGGAGAAGAGGGUCAAGGAGAUCAAACAGACCAUGGCAGAAGCCCUCAACAAGCACCUUGCUGCAGCAACCUGGAACGGCACCGGCGGCGAAGAUGAUUAUGAGAACAAAGCGAGUAGGGACGCAGGCUCGAAGCGCAAGCAAUUGGCGGUCGACGACAUGGACGAGGCCUUGAAAGAGCUGGGUCGAUUGAAGAAGAAGCUGAAGCGGGACACCCAGCCAGCGCCGAAGGGAGAAGUGGCCAAUGUCAAGGUCGAGCAGAAGGCGCCAGGAGACGCAAAUCCUGCCAAGAAGGAGCUCUCCAACGACACCACCACAGUGCUUGGGGGAGAUGGAAAUCCACCAGCAAUGACAAUGUCAACAUUUGAUUGGAGACCAUUGCGGUAUCUACCACCACCUCGGGGACUUCGCCCUUCCAUAAUGAAGUGGCCACGACCUUUGCCGGGACAACAAAGCCAGAACCCUUAG